CAGUGUAUAGUCGGCAUGAGCGCGUUCAAAUCGCAAAGGGAACACGCGCAGAAACAUCGUUCCGUCAGUGUGCGACGUCACGGCGCGGGAGGCAGUGAUAAUGCAAUUACAUGUAGUAAUCUCUACUCGCGUACUGUACCGUCUGGUCGCACUCUAACAACAGCCAUGCGUGGAAGCACAGCUGGACUGGCCGACACUCUCGCGAGUGGUUCCAGAGCUCACGCCGUCCUCCUAGAGACCGCCGAUGCCCUCUUCGCGAGUGUCGUGGUCGCGCCAGCGGUCGUCACGUACUGGCAGUCGACAUGGACCCUAAUGGACCUUUACGUGUUGCCCGACAACCCUGUGAUGAGCGCAGCCGCUUGCGCAGCCUUCGGAUUGUUCUAUGACAUAUUCGUGUGUGUUUUUCAAUCGCAGUUACACAAAUUCCUCAAUCCAGAUACGGGGAGACUGACUUAUUAUGUAUUCUCGAGAUUGUACACGUGUUUGGCGGCUGUCGCGUGUGUGGGAGCUUGGAGGGGAGUUUGGAAUCUUCUCAAUGAGUGCACAGGAAACAGUGCGAGGACGCUGCUUUCCACGACGGCGGCUGCGACGUUGUCUUUGGCCGCACUGAGGGCCCUGAGGAACAUAUGCGCAGCGCCGUUCGCUGUCGCCGUCGACUCUCCCCAGGAUUACUUCGACGUUCCCACAAUGUUCCGAACCACAAUGUUUCGCACGAGCAGCAGAGAGACGAUGUUGUACGUUCUGGACUGCAUCUUCUCAGUCACCGUGGUGGGCUCUCUGGUGGUGUUCGUCUGGAGAGGCUCCUGGGCGUUGCUCGACAUCUUCCUCUACCCUGACGAUAAGGUCACGUCGUGCUGUACAUCACUGAUAGUCGGUUAUGCGAUGGUGGUGAUCACGUUUGCUCUACAAGCCCCCAUUCGUUGGGCGGCUGCGAGGCUCCACGGUGCCCCCAGGCUGCUGCUGGCUGACGUAUACCACCUCGUCUCCUUCAUCGCUACUGUCAACGUAUGGCGUGGCGUUUGGGGCCUGCUCGAUGUAUAUUUCUUUCCUGAAACGCCAAAACUCAGCAAUUGGUGUUCCCACAUCAUCAGUCUCACUUUACUGAUCCUCCUCAACUGCUCCAACUCGAUUCUCGUGAGGGGAGUAUACAUAGAUGCGGAGGAGCCUGCUGGUGAAUGCGUAGUCUUCCCCUGCCAUUACCUUAGACUCUACUUCCAUAAAGAGCGAACGAAAAAAAGACAUCGCAGGGCGCUCGCUGCUGCAGCCGCUGCAUCUGCUAAGAGACCAGAGGAUGCUAGCUUGCCCCUACAGCUGCCGGAAGAGAAGGUUUAGCCUCGAAUUAUUUGCUAGUGAUACACUGUAGACUUUUGUAGCAUAUCGUUUAGUUGUAUAAAAUCUCCCAGUGAUAUUUGGUAUUAUUAAGUCCUAAUUUCGAUUGUCUUUCUUUGUCAUCACGCAAACUCAAUCUUCUAAAUUAUUUAAACACGAAACUCACUUUCAACACAGUAAUAUUAUCAGGUACAUACAAUAAUAAUUACUGUAUGUACUUAAUGAUAUGUCUGUAAUUAUGUACAAUGAAAAAUUGGCAACAUUUUGUUAAUAUGAUAAUAUUUAUGUAAACUUUUUGCUGUUAGCUUCAUGUUCACAUUAUUUAUUGUAAAACAAACAAUUUAAAAUAUAAAUUUAAAUACUGUUUAGAUAAGCGACCGAUUUGUCGAAAAAUAUUAAUAGAGACAUACAUUUUAUAAGCGAAGCAAAUGUUCCUUUGAGUGAUUUAUAGAUAUAUAUCGAAAACACGUGUGUAUUUUAGAAAUAUAAGGUUUACACUAUGGAAAUUUUAGGGACAUAAUUAUGGCCAAAUAACAAUUUAGGUCAGGGAUUGCUCUUGUCAGACUUAUAGCCCGAGCUAGACGAACCAAAUAUAUUAAAUGGUAAUUUUAAUUUCUAACAAUAUUAUUCUGUCUACACUCACCAGAAAUGAGAUUUAUACUAAAUACUAUGGAACUAAGCCAUUAGCGUAGCUACCGGAGGGCUAGCGGGGCAGUGCA